GUUUAUGUGAGAAUGACAUGAAAGAUAUUUUCUUGCGCCCGCUGCUGGCCCACAUGGGCAUUCUGGGAGACUACGAGCGUAGGGGCGACGACGGGCGUUGCAAGAUCGACGUCAUUGGCACGGACACAGAUAUCGGGCAGCAUUACCGCCGUGGCAUCGUAGAGUAUUGCGGCACGAACAACUUGGACGCUUUUCUGACGCACGUCAAUCACGCGGUGGAGGAUCUGCAGGGAGCGGACGUAGACAGAGCAUUCGAGGCUGGAGUGUUUUUUUUGGAGUUGGUGCAGGACGCCCGCUUGCACGCGCCCGCCGUCGACGCCGGGGAGUCUGUAUUUGCGCGAGAGCCUUUCGAGGACUUCUUGACGCUUGUGCACCCCUGUUACUUGGAG